CCGGCGCCGCGGCGGGAAAACCCGACUGGGCCUUCCCGGCCACCGCCACUGUCUAUCAUCGCGCGCCUGCCAGGAUCCGCCCGCGGUGAUGAUGGAGGAGGGGGCCGAGGAGCAGCAGCGAUUCUCUUACCAACAGAGGCUAAAGGCAGCGGUUCACUACACUGUUGGCUGUCUUUGUGAGGAAGUUGCGUCGGACAAAGAGAUGCAGUUCAGCAAACAAACCAUUGCAGCGAUUUCGGAGGUGACUUUUCAACAGUGCGAAAAUUUUGCCAAAGACCUUGAAAUGUUUGCAAGACAUGCGAAGAGAAGCACCAUUAACACUGAAGAUGUGAAGCUCUUAGCCAGGAGGAGUAAUUCACUGCUAAAAUACAUCACAGAGAAAAAUGAAGACAUCGCUCAGUUUAACCUGGAACGAAAAGCAAAGAAGAAAAAGAAGUUAGAGGAUGAAAACAAAAAUUCAGUGGAGCCAGCAGAGGCUGGUGUAGUGGAAAGUGAGAAUUAAAGUCUGUCGCCAUUUGGAAAAAGCAGCCUUCAGUACGCGGACCUCUCACUGCUGUGGCCUCUCCAGUCGCAGAGCACAGGCUCCGGAUGCGCAGGCCCAGCGGCCAUGGCUCACGGGCCCAGCCGCUCCACGGCAUGUGGGAUCCUCCCGGACCGGGGCACGAACCCGCGUCCCCCGCAUCGG